AUGUCUGACAAUGGGGUUUUACCAUCGAGGUUUCGUGAUGGCAGGUUUCAAUUUUCAAGACGUGAAUUCAUUGGUUCAAGAAGGAGAGGGGGAAUAGAGGCGAUGAGAAGUAAGAUACUUACCGGCGAUGAAGGGCGGCGAGAAAUCUGGGCGGUCGACGGCGACAUUAGGGCGGCGACGUUAGGGCUUCUCGACGGGAAAGAGUGGACGAUUCCAGGAGCAGAAGCACGAGUGUGCCAGUCGUUGAGCCAUAUGUAUCAUGGAUCUUGUCUCCGCCACCAUAACUGCUCUGUCAUCUGCCGGAAUGAAGGUUUCUCCGGCGGAAGGUGCAAAGGUGUUCGCCGCCGCUGUUUCUGCACCAAACUUUGUUAG